AUGAGACUCCAUUCCCUUCUUUCUGUUCUCUUCCUCUUUGUGACUAUAAUACCAAAAGCGAGGACUGGCGUUAUUCCCGGGCAGAAGCAGUGUGUUCUCCUGAAAGGCGUGUGCAAGGACGGAGGAUGCACAACCACGGAUGACACCAUUGGUGAAUGUAAUGAAGAGAAAAAGUGUUGUAGAAAGUGGUGGGUCCUUUUUCCCUACGCAACGCCAGUUCCCAAAGCAAAAUCUCCUUAG